CCACUCAUCGCAGUUUCACUCUUGAACUCAGACGGGAUUUUCGCACAAGUUUUUUCAUCGUCGCGACGUGUUUUGGGAUCAAAAGCCCUUACUCUAACCAGUGGAAAAUCUGGAAACGAAUGAACAGGUGACGGAUUCGGAUUCAGUGAUUCAAGUGACCCCCAAAAGGAUUCAAUUUUAUGAACAGAACUUAAGGGUACGAACAGUCAGUCCAACAAAGUUUCCCAUUCUAAGGAUCGUCAAGAGUGCGAAGGGAAUUUAACUGAAACCAGCAAUGAUGGUGACUUUUACCGAACGGACUUGAUGUGAUUUGGAAGAGCUUAGUGCGACGAGUUGAAGAUAGCGUGAAAUUGACACACGAAACGAAGCGAAACCGAUAGAAUAAUCGAAUCUUCGAACUGACAGUGACAGAGAAAGAGUGAUUAACGAAUUGAGCCAUGGUGAACUCGACGGCGACGACGCCCUCCCAGUCCCAUGGCGGCGCCCUGUACUACGUGGUGGAAGUGCCCCGGGAAGAGUACAUGAAGCAGUGUGCCGCCCAGGCCCAUGCCGCAGCUUCCGCCGGAGGUUAUCCGAAUGCGUCCUACCAGGCACAGUAUGCGGCCCAUCAUCAGCAGUUUCAGAAUGUGCAUAACACGACCAUCCUGGCGCGACUGAACAGUACCGAGUCUGGUUGGGACAACCCGUUCCGGCCCGGGGGAGACCUCUCACGGGAAGCAGACGAAAUAGUCAAUCUCAUCAAAGGUGGCAAACCAAUCACACCUACUGGCGAUCAGAACCUGCUGAACGGUAGCGCACCAAAGGACAGCAGUCACCCGGCGGAAAACGGUGGCAGCACAGUGGUGGACGGCGUUGCGACAAAGCUCGAUGCGGCGCAACUCCAGAGCCAGCCAAACGGAACGAAAUCUCCUCAGAAGGGUGGCGCCGGCGGCGGCGGGGACGCCUCGCCCCACAAGAACGGUUCGACGGGUCCGGCGCAGGGGACGCCCAGCCAGGGAGGGGCGGCCCCUCAGACAACUACGACGACCCCCGUCAGCAACCAGGUGAUAGCGGGACCACAGUCGGCAACCCACGUGGUCAUCGACGAGAAGAAGAAGAAAAAGUGCGCCUGCUGCGUAAUACAGUAAUUUUCCCGCUGCGUGCGCCAUUGUCGUGUCCGGUUGGACACACGUGUGCAAAGUGCAUAGGGAAGGAGGAGGAGGAACAGUAGGCGAGAGAGUUGCGUAGUUACGUACGGUACGGGGAUGUGUGCGUGCGAGUAUCCAUGAUGGUUUUUGUUAUUCGAUGAGCAGGCUAUGCGCGUGUGUGAGUGAGAGAGAAACGGAGGAAUUUGCUUUCAUCGUUGUCGAAAUUAUUGUUUAUUUUUUUGUUUGGUUAGUUCGUUUUGUAAGAGUUUUUAAUGCCAAUUUUAAGUUGCAAGUAGCCUUAGUUCUUACAUUCUCACAAUAGUGUCAGUCGGAAAUUAGGACAAGAGUAGGGCAAGUUGUUUACUUUACAGUGGAAAAGUAUCGAAAUUAUUUUAUGUUUUCUUGUGAAUGACAGAAACGAAUGCUGCGAGAGAAUGGAAAACAUAAUUUGGAAAGGAAACAAUUACGAUUAUGUAUCUCUGUGUAACUGUAAACCUAUGUAACAAUUUACUGUAAUUUAGGACAAAUAAUGCUUCGAGCGUGGGUUUGUGCCGGUUUCUGUCAGGGUAGGAAUGUUAGGAUCCUACCUUUUUCAGGAGCUAUCGGUACGGUCCACAAAACUAUGUUUUAUAUAUAGGAUUUUAAAUUAACAGACUCAGUUUCUUAUUUAUAUAUUCUAAAGCAUACAAAACAAUGGUAAUCUUCUAUGAUUAGUAUUGAGUUAAGCAAUGUUAGGUUCGGAAGUUGGAAAGGAUGAUAUUCUGAAGUGCUAGAAUAGAAGGUGCGAAUUUGGAACAGCCGUGAUCCCGUUCCUGAACUUUGGCAGCUCUUUCAGUCAACAAUGGGAUAAGAGAAGUCCCAAGCCAAAAUGAUGAAAUGUUGUUGACUUUGCCAUUUUCUUGCAAAAAAGGAACUUUCAACCAUAUCCACUCCAAACAAAUGCUAUAUUGUUGAAUUUGAUCACGGCUUGAAUUGUGCGAGAAAUCAAACGUAAAGCAGUGAAUGAGCUUUCUCAGUCAAUGUGUUUAAAAUGUGUAUAUUAUUUCGUAAAUCAUAGCAAGCAUUGUAAACAGAGUCACACAUUCAUUAGAACUGUAGAAUCCACCUCCUGUCUGUUGGAAUCGAAAAUACAAGAACACACAUCAGGUACUCAGUCGGUAAAGUAGGCUGCAGCGAUAACGGAUAAUGGUAACCGCUGUUACGCAGUAGGCGCUGGAUAAAUAAAAAAAACAUUGUAGUAAACAUUAAAUCGUAACUAAACAGAACCACGUGAUUGUUAGUUGAAGCAUAAUAAUUAAACAACUGAAAAAAAAACUAAUGUUUAAAGUGUCGAAAUAGUUUAACGAAAACUGAAAAAUCAGCAUGCUUUAUGUGCUACAAAAGAGUAUUGUAAUCGAGGGAUUAACAAAAUCAAUGCAAACAUCCCUGCAAAACAACAGUUUCACGCGCCUGCACGCCACUCCGCUCUCCCGUAAACUUUUGACAACAGCAAGAAAGAAAAAAAACCGUGUACCCAAACGAUAUCCAAAUAGCAACAACAAGUAAUAACAUCACACUGCGAAAACGAUAACUAAUGUGUUAAACUACAACUUGAUAAGAGAACAAAAAAUACUUUUCAUUACAAUUCCGUAAGAACAACUCACUACUCUAAAAAUCGAACAUCAUUGACUAUUUAACGGAAAUGCAAAAUACAAACUUCUGUACACUUUUUGCAUAACUCACAACUACGCAAAACAAAAAAAAGUAUAAAACAUCUUUAAAUGGCAUGAAAGAGAAAAAACUAAUAAGAAAAAAUCCUAUUUAAGAGCAAAUGAAAAAAAAACUAUAAAAGGAUCAUAUUUACUUAGCAAAUGAAACAGAAAUUAAACAAAAAAAAACAAUUACACAAACACACACAAAAAAUGGAUUAUUAAACGUAUAUAUUUUCGUACUAAAGAAACAAAAGCAAACGAAGCAUACAAAGUAGAGAAGAGAAUCGGAACAAGAAAUAAAAAACCGUAUGGAAAGUAACCAGGGUCAGGAGUGUGGAACAAUACAAAACAGACGCGAGUAGCGAAAUCAAACAGAAAUGUGGGGAGGAAACAAAAAGUCACGUUAGACAUUGCGAUAACAAACACACACGUUACACCCAAUGUAGAGAAGCGCGCGAAACAGUAAUUAACCACCAAAUAGGGAAGCUGGAUUCGGUAGGCAAAAUCCAAAAAAAAAACGGAAAAGCGAAUGUACAGAGAUAGAGGGUUUUUGAGAUUUGAGAUCGGUGGUGUGUCACGAGUGUCGGAAAUGGUUGGAAAAUGAUGGCAAAGAAGGUUGGUAGCGUUUCGGAGUAGAAGACGAAGAAGCGAAAAAAUGUCGCUACCAACGAGGACGAGCGAGAGAGUGUGUGUCUAAAACCGACAGAGUAGAACCUAAUCGUUUAAUGGACAGAAAUAUGGAGAAUAAGAGAUGAAACAAACAACCAGAACCUAAUUAAAACUGAUAUAAAGAAACCUGAAGGAAAUAAAUUAAAUUAAAAAAA